AAGAGCACGAAGAAUGAAUUCACUGACAAUUUCAAACUAACUAAAUCUGUUUGCGGCUGUGUGCUCCUCUGCCACUUCAUCCUCAUGGCCAAUAACGCACUGAAAACCCUAAACCUCAAUUCAGAGAUUGCGUCCAAUGAUUCGCCCUCCUUCAAGAUAAUUUUGGGCUCUUCCUCCUCAUCUCGCAGGCAAAUUCUGUCCGAUAUGGGAUACGAAUUCUCGAUAAUGACCGCGGAUAUAGAUGAGAAGAAGAUUCGUAUGGAAAGGCCGGAGGAGCUGGUGAUGGCCCUAGCUGAAGCCAAGGCAGAUGCAAUUAUAAGCAAGCUUCAAGUUAUUGAGUUCAGGGAGAAGGAUGAGCCUACCCUCUUGAUAACUGCAGACCAGGUUGUUGUCCAUGGAGGAAAGAUCAGAGAAAAGCCUUCCAGCAAAGAAGAAGCACGGGAAUUUCUCAAAGGAUACUCCGAGGGGCACGCAGCAACUGUAGGAUCUGUUCUCGUGACCAACCUUAUGAAUGGCGUUAGAAAAGGAGGAUGGGACAGAGCUGAAGUAUAUUUUCAUAAAAUACCUGAUGAGAUCAUUGAAAACCUGGUGGAUGAAGGUGAGGUUAUGUAUGUUGCUGGCGGUUUAUUGGUGGAGCAUCCAUUGACUUCUCCUUUUGUGGAAGCAAUGGUUGGAACGCUUGAUAGCAUCAUGGGGCUUCCCAAGGAUUUAACAGAAAGGCUGAUCCAAGAUGCCCUUCUACCUUAACGGCCAUGCUCUCAAAAUACCUCGCCACUUAGAACUCUCGAGAAAUUUAUUUGUUUUGAUAGGUGACAUAUCCAAUUUGACAAUCCAGAGUGGAUGGACAAUAUCUUGAUGGAGAGUUGGGGCUCUUACAAGAUUUGAUUUUGAUUUAGUUUGUAUCCCUAUUUUUAUGUAUUUGAGGAAUUGAUUUCAUGUGAAAUUAUGUGAUGAUAAAUUUGGUUUAGCUUAAAAUUUGACUGUUUUA